UUUAAGAAAAAAAUUGAGUGCAUCGCGAUGGAGAAAAUGUCCCGACAGCUCCCCCUGAACCCCACCUUUAUCCCGCCUCCCUACGGCGUGCUCCGGUCCCUGCUGGAGAACCCGCUGAAGCUCCCCCUUCAUCACGAAGACGCAUUUAGUAAAGAUAAAGACAAGGAAAAGAAGCUGGAUGAUGAGAGUAACAGCCCAACAGUCCCCCAGUCGGCAUUCUUGGGGCCCACCUUAUGGGACAAAACCCUUCCGUAUGACGGAGAUACUUUCCAGUUGGAAUACAUGGACCUGGAGGAGUUUUUGUCGGAAAAUGGCAUUCCCCCCAGCCCGUCUCAGCACGACCACAGCCCGCACCCUCCCGGGCUGCAGCAAGCUUCCUCUGCUGCCCCCUCGGUCGUGGACCUCAGCAGCAGGGCCUCUGCACCCCUUCACCCUGGCAUCCCGUCUCCCAACUGUAUGCAGAGCCCCAUCAGACCAGGUCAGCUGUUGCCAGCAACCCGCAAUACACCGAGUCCCAUUGACCCUGACACCAUCCAAGUCCCAGUGGGCUAUGAGCCAGACCCGGCAGAUCUUGCUCUUUCCAGCAUCCCCGGCCAGGAAAUGUUUGACCCUCGCAAACGCAAGUUCUCUGAGGAGGAACUGAAGCCACAGCCCAUGAUUAAGAAAGCUCGCAAAGUCUUCAUCCCUGAUGAUCUGAAGCAGGAUGACAAGUACUGGGCAAGGCGCAGAAAGAACAACAUGGCAGCCAAGCGCUCGCGGGACGCCCGGCGGCUGAAGGAGAACCAGAUCGCCAUCCGGGCCUCGUUCCUCGAGAAGGAGAACUCGGCCCUGCGCCAGGAGGUGGCCGAUUUGAGGAAGGAGCUGGGGAAAUGCAAGAACAUUCUUGCCAAGUAUGAGGCCAGGCACGGGCCCCUGUAGGAUGGCAUUUUUGCGGGCUGGCUUUUGAGUAGACGGACAGCUCCUUUCCUGUCUGAUAGCACCACACCCAAACCAGCCUUUCUGACAGCAGCACUUUACCAGAGGCAUAAACACAACUGACUCGCAUCUGGGUGUGCAUCUGUGUGUACGUGCGUGCGCUUGUCUGUGCUCGUGCUCCUGCGUGUGGUCAACGGCGUGUGCGUGUGUGUGCGUGCUCCUUUGCACUUGCCAUUUUAAGAUAACCCUCUCAUCGUCUUUUAGUUCUAAAAGAGGUGCCAUGUUUUUAUGAGACUUUGGAGACCUUUUGUGGGUCCCUCCCCGAUUCUUCUCCCCUCCUGCCCUGUCAGCCUUGCUUCAUGUCUGAGCUUACCUACUCUUCCAGGACUCUCUGCUUGGGUUCACCGAGAAGGGCCCUGGUACAAUAGUGGAUCUCAGUUUUUAAGAGUUUAAGCUCUUGUUUCUGUUGAAUCUGUAAGUUACCGUGCCGAUAAGGUGCAUAAAAUAACACAGCACUACGCCGCAGCUCUAUUCAUUUACAGGUUGCUUUCCUCAUAUUUUUCAGUUUUGGUGAUAAUUGUCUUCAAAUUUAAAGUGCUGUUUAGAUUUAUUAGAUCCCAUAUUUACUUACUGCUAUCUACUAAGUUUCCUUUUAAUUCUACCAAUCCCAGAUAAGUAAGAGUACUAUUAUAGAACACAGAGUGUGUUUUUGCACUGUCUGUACCUAAAGCAAUAAUCCUAUUGUACGCUAGAGCAUGCUGCCUGAGUAUUACUAGUGGACGUAGGAUAUUUUCCCUACCUAAGAAUUUCACUGUCUUUUGAAAAACAAAAAUUAAAGUAAUGCAUUUGAGCAUGACCAGAACAUCCCCAGGACAGGGAAGCAGAGGCAAAUGGGAGGUCUAAGAAUGAGGGAUUAAUUUAUCUGUACUCGAGCCAAAAAAAAAUGUGUAUUGAAAUAGCCUUUGACAUUGAUAUGUUGGGUUUUGUGUACCCCCUCUCCCAAACCCACCCCAUGCCCACUUUUCUAGUUAACUUUUUCCAUAUCCCUCUUGAUAUUCAAAACAAUUCAAUUACUUAAGAUUCAGUUUUCCCAGUUUUUGUAAUAUAUAUAUUUUUGUGAAUUAUACUUUGCUGUUUUUAAAAAUCAGUUAAUUAAGUUAAUAAGUUGGCGUUUUGUACAGACCCUUUUUUCCUAGUGGUGUCAUUUUCGAAUGCCUCGUAAAUUAAUGAUUCCGGAGCUUAUGUUUCUUAUCCUCUGUUUGUUUUCGAACGUCUGUGCUCUUAUAAAGUGGACUUCUGAAAAAUGAAUGUAAAAGACACUGGUUUAUCUCAGAAGGGGAUGGUGUUGUCACAAACUGUGGUUAAUCCAAUCAACUUCAAUGUUUACUAUAGACCAAAAGGAGAGAUUAUUAAAUUGUUUAAUGUUUAUACAGAGUAAUUAUAGGAAGUUCUUUUUUGUACAGUAUUUUUCAGAUAUAAAUACUGACAAUGUAUUUUGGAAGACAUAUAUUAUAUAUAGAAAAGAGAAAAGGAAGACUAUUCCAUGUUUUAAAAUUAUAUAGCAAAGAUAUAUAUUCACCAAUGUUGUACAGAGAAGAAGCGCUUGGGGGUUUUUGAAGUCUUUAAUAUUUUAAGCCUAUCACUGACACAUCAGCAUGUUUUCUGCUUUAAAUUAAAAUUUUAUGACAGUA